AUGGAAUCAGCAAAUGUUGAAGCUCAAAGUCAAAUCGCAUUUCCAAUUGAAACAGUCAUAGGUGUCAAAAAGGAAAGAUUGGAUAUGGAAUACGCGUGGAUGCAAAAUAAUUCGCCUGAAAUAUUAUCCCUUAAUAACAAUAUGCCUACCGGACCCUACAAUGGAAAUUUAUUUCCACAGCAGUGUUUUCUCGCCUCAUUUAUUAUUCCUUAUUUGUAUAAUGCGUACUGGGUACCUGUUCAUCCCAACUUUCCCACUCCAAAUGUUGCUCCUCAUUAUUUUGAUGAAAAUCAAGGUUCAACAACCACAAAAACGACAAAGCCGGCGCGAAUUGUUGCUGGACCUCCGUUCACCGAAAAGGCAUCUCCAAAACAUAUUAAACAACCGUUCGGUCCUGAGGGGGCGAAUAUUUACAUUAGCCAUCUGCCCAAAUUAGUAGAUGACGAAUAUCUACGUUCCCUAUUUGAGCCAUAUGGUCGAGUUUUGAGUACAAAAGUGAAUAUAGACAACAAAACUGGAGAAAGCAAAGGAAUCGGCUUUGUGAGUUAUGAUAGCCGUGAAGCCGCUCAACGCGCCAUUGGAGCCAUGAAUGGAUACCAAAUUGACCACAAGCGACUUAAAGUUCAGUUAAAACGCUCUACAGCAAAAAAAGUAGCGCAAUCCAAGAAGGAUAAGGAAGAUCAUUAG